AUGGAAAGCAGCAAGCUGAAGCGACUGGACAAGGCGCGAUUCAUGGCGGAUCCCAGGGCGCGCAUGCUCAUGGGGUAUGUUAGUGCUCUGGCGGACCUAGCAAAUCCAAAGGCAGCGCUGCCGCUGCUUGCUGAUGAGCGCCGGCUGGCCGCCUAUGAAGCCGCCAUUGCUGCAGCCCUGAUCGAGCAGCCAGGCGCGCACAUUCUAGUGCUGGGAGCUGGCAGCGGCCUCCUCGCACUGAUGGCGGCUCGCGCUGGUGCCGGCCGGGUGACAGCCGUUGAGCGCAGCCGCAUGCUCUACAGAAUGGCCCGGCAGGCGCUGGACGCCAAUUUAGACGCGCCGGGAGCCGCCAAUGUGCGCAUUGUGGACUGCCCGCUGCGCUGCAUCGGCGUGCAAGGCGAGGAGCUCCCUCCAGAUGUGCAACAAGCUCUGGACGAGGAGAUGAAGCAUCAUUCCAGCCGGGAUGCAGCAGGUGCAGACAGUGCCAGUGCACCGGGUCCCCCCGCUGCAGCUGGGGCGGCUGCGGCUGCGGCGGCUAAGAUCAAAGAUGCAGCCGUCCUGCUGCCAGAGCGCGCAGAUGUGCUUGUCACUGACCUGCUAGACCACAGCGUGCUGGGCAUGGGGUUGCUGAUUGCACUGGACUAUGCCAGCAUCCACCUGCUGAAAAGGGGCGCGCGAGUGACUCCCACAUUCCUGAGGGUGAGGGCCAUGUUGGUGGAGAUGCGAAUCAGUGAUGUGUCAGGCUUUGACCUGUCGGGCCUCAACCGCUACCGCUGGAAUGGCCACGAGAAGAUUGACCUCAGCAGGGUGCCGCACAAACAGCUGUCCAGUGCUUUCACAGCGAUUGACUUGGACGUUCAGAGGCGCGUUGACUCGCUCUCAGGAGGCUGCUUGGGAGAUGAUGCCCUGCCUGACAUCCUGUGGGAGUCUGACCGUACGCUCAAAGUCCCAGCAACCUGCAGCGGCCGGUGGAACGCUGUUGUCUUCUGGUUCAAGGCUUCAGGCUGA